AAUGAUCGUCAUUAUUUUCGUCAACUUUUGUCAACAAAACAAAAUUUUUUGAUUUCACAAUCUAAAACAAUUUCUAGGAUUUUGUAGACUUCUUAAAAAUGGAUAUAUUAAAGGCAGAAAUUGCCAAGAAAAGGAAGCUUCUCGAAGAUAAAAACUUAGUGGACGAUAAGCGAAAAUACUUUAGACGAGGUGAACUUCUCGAGAAAGAGAAAGAAGAAUACAUUCAUAAAUAUUUAGCUAAUGAAGUAAAAAUAAAUCAAGCAAUCAAUGAUCAAAAAAUUACUCCCGCCACAAGUUCACGAGACACUGCAGCAGAAUUAAUGAAACUUCCUCGAUCUGAAGUGAUCAGAAAACUAAGAGAACGGGGAGAGCCUAUAUUGCUGUUCGGUGAAUCUGAAAUGGAUGCUUGUCAUCGUCUUCGUCAACUUGAAAUUUCAGCUCCGGAAGUUAAUCGCGGAUUUCGAAAUGAUUUUCAAGAAGCUAUGGAAGAAGUGGAUCAAGCAUACUUGCAAGAAAUUCUCGAUGAUUGUGCAGCAGGUCCCAGCAAAGACAAAAAUAAAAAUGAAGAUAUUGACUUAGACGACUCAGUGACAUAUGAAUCAAUCCAAGAAAAAGUUGGAAGCCUUGGAAAAGGAAACAAAGAACAUGACAUUGAUGUGAUGCUGACACUUCUUAAAUUUCUUCUCAAAACAUGGAAUGACCAAGUUAACUCCGGUACAAUGCAAGAAAAGUUGAGAACAAAAACUAAAAUUGCGAAGGCGACUUUCACUCAAACUCGAGUUUACUUAAAACCAUUGUUGAAGAAAUUAAAAAAUGAUAAAAUUCCCGAUGACAUCUUUGACAGUCUCAUUGAGAUUAUAAAAAAGCUUCUUGAACGUGAUUACAUCAAAGCUAGCGAUGCUUAUCUUACCAUGGCAAUUGGUAAUGCGCCAUGGCCCAUUGGUGUGACUAUGGUUGGUAUUCACGCUCGUACUGGUCGUGAAAAAAUCUUCUCGAAAAACGUAGCUCACGUGUUGAACGAUGAAACACAAAGAAAAUAUAUUCAAGGAUUAAAGCGACU